AUGUUCGUCGAAGAAAUCAUCAACGAGGCGAAGGAGAGGAAGGAAAGAGAGAGGCAGACGAAAGCGGUACCCAUCCCUCCACUGCGCAGUGCCAACCCCAAACCCCAAGACAGUCCCAUCGCGGGAUCCUCACACCCCUGCCCCAAUACACCUGUCGUCUUUCGCAAAGUCGACCCCAACUGGACACCCGACACUACUCAAUGGACGUGGGACAGCUCCUGGCCGCGUCAGGAGCACCUCUCUGGCGAGGAAUGGAAGAAUGUGGGGAGGAACACGUGCAAUGAGUGGUUCGAUGAACAGGAGGACAAUGGCAUAGACUGGGAGUUGUAUGGAGAUGGUGAGCACUUACAUAAUGGGGUCCAUGCGCACUUCAUACCUGGUAAUGUACCACUACAUUUCUUUUUUUCCUAA